AGUAAGUGCACGACCGUUUGCUUCAUUCCCAGCAAACCAUCUUUGCCCUGUGUCCAGCACUGUGCCAGGGGCUCUGGAAAAAUCCAGAAAAUCCAGAGAAAGGGAGACAGACCCCAGAUUCCCAUCCCUGACACCCACAAUGUAGGCAGCUGGCAGAUGUUUCAGUUCAGCCAGGAAAGUGACCGAAAGUUUGGCUAUGGGACCCAGCAGGUCAAGCCGUUCUAAAUGAGAAAUUAGGACGAACGUUCCCAUUGGGCAGGGGUUUAAGUCAUCACAAAAAGGGGUGGAAUCUCUUAUUUCGUGAGGGCAUUAAUAAGAGCAAUCUUGCUCUGGAGGGAAAGAUCUUUAAGAGUUCUUCACUCAGGAGCAGCAGUGAGGGUGGCAUCAAGGAGUCCACGGUUCCGUGAAGGUCAUUCAUUAACUCUGCUACUUUGAUGAGUUGGAACCUCUAAGCUUCCAAGGAUGGCAUUUCACUGGAAGAGAGUGGCCAGCUCUUAACCAGGAGCACAUGGGUGAGAGAGAAGAGGGAACCUGUGUUCCAGGGGAGACAGCAGCAGCUAACAGGGCGCUAAGGAUGCUAAUGAGCGCCAACAGGGACUUAGCUCCGACGGGGCCCGGAACCUAAACGUUAGUACAAGAGGAGGGAAGGCCUCAAACAAAAGGGAAGCACUGCGAAUCAAGCUGGGAAAUGGGACGCGGGAAAUGGCCUCAGCUUCUCACUCAGGCAGAAAGGAGGGCUUCCUGGAGCUGGCAAGGGCGGGGACGCUGGAGCAGGCAUCCCGGAUUCCACUUAUCAAAGGUGCAGCCACACAGCUUCUAGGAUCUCUUCCGGCCACGAGAUGGAAAUGUUUCCCGAGGGCUGACGCCGACGGCGAGAUCGUUUGCAUCGGGCUUUCCCCCAAGUCUCCUCCCCCAGCCCCUUCACCAGCGCCUCAGGCAUGGGGCUGGAAACGCGGGCCGGACCAGAAAGGAAGGCAGGAAGCAACCCGCCAGAUCGCCCGACCCUCACGUGCCCGACGUCGAGGGAGCUUCCCGGCCGGGUCCGGGCCUCCGAGGUCGGCGAGCACUUCUGGGGCGCGGGGCCUCCCUGCGAGGCUGGACUCGGUGGAGCCUGCGGACAGCAGCCUGGAGGGGUGCGCCCCGGUGCCGGUCGCCCCAGGGCCUCAGAGCCCCCUUGGGGACCCAACCGCAGGGGAGUGGGGAUGGCGGGCUGGGCAGUCCGGAAGCUCGCCAGGGCGGGGCGGCCGAGGCGCACCGGGCAUGGGCGGGGCCAGCGGCACUAGGGUUAACGUCCGCCCCGCCCCGACAGCGCUGACUCAGUUUCACCAGAAACUAGGAGGAGGAGGUGGCCGAUCCAGCGCACCGGGCAGCGGGGCGGAAGCGGCGGGCCGAGCCGCGCAGGAAGGCGGGACCGGAACCUCGGCAGGCCCGGCCCCACCCCACUCACCUGCGCAGGUAACCCGGGCCCGGCGCGCGCCAAGGCGGAGGCAGAGCCGGACGGAGCAUGUUUGGCCCUUUGUUUUGCGCCCGCGCGUGCGUCCAGGUCUCAAGCACCCUUGGGGCCCAGAGGCCCGCACUGUGAAGGUGACCCCCGUGGGGAGGAGGGCGACGGCCCCUGGGAGGAUGAUGGCCGGCGCCCACCUCUCCCAGGCCCUCAUCCCAGCGGUCCUGGUUUGGCUCCUGUGCGAGCUCGGCCUCCGGGGCACCCAGGCCGGGCAGCCGCCCGAGCCCCCUGGGCUGCCCGCGGGACCCGCCUGCCUGGACCGCUUCACCGCCGGGGUGCCUGACUUCGUGCUCGACACCGAGGCCUCGGUCAGCAACGGGGCCACUUUCCUGGGCUCCCCGACCGUCCGCCGCGGCUGGGACUGCGUACGCGCCUGCUGCACCACCCAGAACUGCAACUUGGCGCUGGUGGAGCUGCACUCCGACGGCGGGGAGGACGCCAUCGCCACCUGCUUCCUCAUGGACUGCCUCUACGAGCAGAACUUCGUGUGCAAGUUCGCGCCCAGGGAGGGCUUCAUCAACUACCUCACGCGGGAGGUUUACCGCUCCUACCGCGAGCUGCGGACCCAGGGCUUUGGAGGGUCCGGGAUCCCCAGGAUCUGGGCAGGCGUGGACUUGAAGGUGCAGCCCCAGGAACCCCUGGUGCUGAAGGGUGUGGGGACCACAGAUUGGCACCUACUGCAGGGUGACACGGACGUCAGGGUAGAGAAGAAUGAUCUGGACCAAGUGGAGCUGUGGGGACUCAAGGAGGGCGCCUACCUGUUCCAGCUGAGAGCUGGCUCAGACCAGCCAGACAGCACGACCAACAUCACCAUCACCGUGCUGUCCGCCAAGCAGACAGAAGAAUAUUGCCUCGCAUCUAGCAAGGUGGGGCGCUGCCGUGGUUCCUUCCCCCGCUGGUACUACGACCCCACAGAACAGAUCUGCAAGAGUUUCGUUUAUGGAGGUUGCUUGGGCAACAAGAACAACUACCUUCGGGAAGAAGAGUGCAAGCUGGCCUGCCGCGAUGUGCAAGGUCCAUCCGUGGAAAGGCACCAUCCAGUGUGCUCAGGCACCUGUCCCUCCACCAAGUUCCGCUGCAGCGAUGGCUGUUGCAUCGACAGCUUCUUGGAGUGUGACGACACUCCCGACUGCCCCGAUGCCUCCGAUGAGGCCACCUGUGACAAAUACACCAGCGGCUUCGAGGAGCUCCAGAACAUCCAUUUCCGCAGUGACAAAGGGCACUGCGUGGACCUGCCGGACACAGGCCUCUGCUUGGAGAGCAUCCCACGCUGGUACUACAACCCCUUCAGUGAACGCUGCGCCCGCUUUACCUAUGGCGGUUGUUAUGGCAACAAGAACAACUUUGAGGAGGAGCAGCAGUGCCUUGAGUCCUGCCGUGGCAUCUCCAAGAAGGAUGUAUUUGGUCUGCGGCGGGAAAGCCACAUUCCCAGCGUAGGCUCCGUGGAGGUUGCCGUUGCAGUGCUCUUAGUCACCUGCAUUGUGGUGGUGGUAGCCAUCCUGGGUUACUGCUUCAUCAAGAACCAGAGAAAGAGCUUCCACAGACACCACCACCGCCGCCCUCCGCCUCCUACCCCCACCAGCUCCACAGUCUCCACCACCGAGGACACAGAGCACCUGGUCUAUAACCACACGACCCGACCCCUCUGAGCUGGAGUUGCCUUGGCCCUUCGGCCUGGGGCUCUCGCCAGCUCUCACCUGGCCCUGCUUCCUCCUUGCCUAGGUGGAGGCUGGGCUGGGGAAGACUUUGGGACUAGACUCCUCUAGCCUGUUUCCCGGGACCAUUCUGCCUCAGAGGCCAGGGCUCCAGCCCCACCUGAAGGUGUCUCAGCUGUGCUCAGGCCGUUUGCUCCUGAGGAAGCUCAAGGGUCCAAGAGGAGCAGAAAACCUUUGAGUCAGGAGUCCCACACACAGAUGGACCUCUCUGCCUAGGAUUUUGGAGGAAGUCGGAGUUUGAUUCCUGUUCAGAGCUGCCUGCCCUGACCCCAUGGCGUUGGGAAGGGGCCUGGGGCUGUGUUGGAAGUUGGAGGCCCCAACCCAGUCCUCCUGAGCUGCCCCUCCCACUCUGCCCAGUCCAGAGCUGGGGGGAGGGACCUCCAUAUUUUGUGCUGUACAGAGUUGCUUUUUGGUUAUUUAAUGCUGUGGGGGUGGGUGAGAGGAGUGGAAAGUGCUGGUCUGGCCUCUGCCGCUUCUCCUUUCCCCAAGAGUGGGCCCCAGCCUGGCCUGGCCUGGCUCACAGGGCCAGAUCCAUGGCAUCCUCCUGGCACCCUCCAGGGCUCCCCUACUUCCCACAGGCCCAAGUCCACGCAUAGUGUAAUAAAUGGUUUGUCCUGUGAGCCUUCUGCCUCUGCUCUGUGGGCCAGGAGAGGGACAGGGCCGCUGGGGGGAGAUGGGACCGCCCUGUCCAACCGGUUCAGGCUUUGGCCACCCUGUUUAGCAGGUUUUCCUACCCUCCCUGAAACUGCCCCAGCCCCUGAGGGUAGAGGGAAGCGCCAAGUUUGACCACCAGAGGGAAGGGGAGAGGAGGGGAAGGGUGAGAUGCCAUGGGAGCCCGGGCCGGGCCUCUGGAGGCUGCAGUGCUCUGCUGAGCCUUCUUUCUCCCUAUCUGAGCCUGUCAACAAGCCUGGCCAGGAGCUGGGACGUCUUCACUGCAGUGUGUCAUUGAGGCCUGGGGGGAGGGAGGUUCUUAUCUCCACUCCCUACAGUCCCAUCUGGCCCGGGUCACCAUCUCCCUUGCUCACCCACAGAAGCUGUUGCUUCUUCACAGGACUGCGGCUGCCCCCAGGCUCUGCGCUCCUGCCCAGGGCCUUCAGCGGAGGUCCGCCACUGAUCCACACCCCUCCAUUGGUUUGAGCCACCAAAGUCAUACUUUCAAUUCAUUUCUUCAUUUCUUAAACAAAUUAUUAAGUUCCUAUUUACCAGGUCCCGCCAAUAGUUAGAAAUUCAGUAUUGUCACGAUGAGCACAGAGGAAGCACCCUGUAAGUGCUGUAUGGACCUCAAGUGACUGCCUCGGUCCACAACCUGUGAUAAAGGUGCUAUCUUCAUCUCCAUUUCACAGGUGGGGAGACUGACUCAGUGGGGUUGAGUUCGCAUGGUCGUAGAGCUGGUAUGGGAGGACCAGAUUCAAACCCUAACAUUAUGGCUCCAGAGAGUCUUACAAAAGGGAUACUUUUAAAUGGUGAUAAGUGCUGUGCAGAAAAAUAAAAUGGCCAUGUGAGA